AUUGUUGUCAAGGAACUAGGAAGCGCCGAUUAAGAAAUAGGAUGGGUCGGGAGCAAGAUGAGGAAAAGGAGCUGUGGAAGCUAUUAGGUAAUAUACAACUUAGGAAAUUUGUAGGUGAUAAUUGGAAGUGGAGAUAUGAGGCGGAGGGUAGGUUGGUGCCCUCUAAAGUGAGUAUUUUUGGGUGGAGGUUGUGCUUAGAUAGACUCCCAACUAGAGGGAAUUUACAGAAAAAAGGAGUGAACUUACAGGGGGACAAUAUGAUGUGUGGAUUAUGCAAGAAGGGGGUGGAGGAGGUCGAUCACCUAUUUUGCACGUGCAUGGAAGCUUGGGUAGUUUGGGUUAAGACGAUUAAGUGGUGGGGUAUGGAGGUGGUGAUGCUGGAUACAGUGAAGGGCGUGGCUGAGAUGUUGAUCUACGGUAUAGGCAGUUUGGUAGGAAAAGAGAUGGGAGCCUGCAUUUUUCUCGUUACUGCUUGGUAUUUGUGGUAUAGGAGAAAUGUUUUGGUAUUUCAGAGGGAGGAGGAUAUUAAGGAGCAAUUGUUGGAGUUAAUUCAAGUUAAGACUCACUUUUGGGUAAGCAAUAAGGUGGCUGGAUGUGCUUUUUCGUUGGUCCAAUGGCAAAGUAACCCGAGGGAAUGUGCAAGGGAGCUGAAGCGGUACAAGAAAUCCUUGAAGAUGUUUAAUCAGCAACAGAAAUGUCUUCAGUCCUUAAGUUGAAGUCUGUUCUUUACUGAUUAUUCUUGUUCUUUCGGGGGUUUUCAUAUUUCUGAGAUCCUGCAGUGUCUUUUUUAACGUGCAGGGAGAUUGGUUUCCUUUUUUUUUUUUUGUAAAAGGGUAGGAGUAUCUCUUAUACUCCAGUAUUUUAAAUAAAAUAAAUUCUUUGCU